GAAGGGAAAAUAUAGUAGGAAGCAUUUGCCACAUGAGAACCACAACAAGCAUUUAAACUCUUCUUUUGCAAGUGCUUUCCGAUAACAUCGAUCUCUUUCAAGCUAGCCCAAUGCCACCACUAUCUUUGCCGGAAAAAGAUGUCGAAAAGGAUCAUAGCGACCACCAUCCUCCACCACCAAAGUCACCCACCAAACGAAAACCCGGUGGUUGGAAGUCCAUGCCUUAUGUCUUAGGAAAUGAAUCUUUUGAGAGAUUAGCAUCAAUGGGAUUGUUGGCAAACUUCACAGUGUUUCUAAUGACGGUAUUUCACAUGGACCAAGCAUCAUCAUCAAAUCUAAUCAACAUUUGGUCCGGUAUCAACAAUUUCGUGCCUUUCAUUGGUGCUUUCAUCUCCGAUGCAUAUGUUGGCAAGUUUUGGGUUAUCGGCGUUGCUUCCUUCUUUACACUUAUGGGAAUGGUGACCAUGACCUUAAUAAUGGCAAUACCAAAAUUGCAUCCACCAUCAUGCACCCAACAGCAAUCCCUACUCAAUCAAUGUCAAGGUGCAACCACUAAACAAUUCGGCAUCUUAGCCCUGGCCCUCGGAUUCAUCACCAUAGGGUCGGGUGGGAUCCGACCCUGCAGUCUACCCUUUGGGGUGGACCAAUUUGACCCGACCACAGACGAAGGAAGGAAAAGCAUCAAUAGCUUCUUCAAUUUGUACUACACAACCUUCACCAUCAUUUUGCUCAUUUCAUUGACUGUCAUGGUGUACAUCCAAGACUCCGUGGGUUGGGUUUGGGGGUUUGGUAUCCCAACCGGGCUGAUGGCAUGCUCAAUCGUCCUGUUCUUUAUUGGCACGCAUAUCUACGUUUAUGUCAAACCCGAGGGCAGUAUUUUCACUGGGAUCGCUCAAUCACUUGUCGCAGCUUACAAGAAACGUAAACUUAAAGCUCAAAAAGGAAUGACUAGAGAAAAGUUGUAUGAUCCGCCUAUUACAGGAGGAACAUAUCAAUAUCCAAAGUUGCCUUUAACUGAUAAGUUCAGGUUUUUGAACAAAGCAGCAAUUAUUACGGAUGAUGGUGAAGUAAACCCGGAUGGAAGUCGAUUAAGUCCAUGGAAUUUGGCAAGUAUACAACAAAUUGAGGAAGUUAAAUGUGUGAUCAAAGUCAUGCCAAUUGUAGCUUCGGGUAUUAUUUGUUUCACAUCAAUCAUCCAACAAAGUACUUUCACCGUGUCGCAAGCCCUUAAAAUGGACCGUCAUUUGGGUCCAAAUUUUCAAAUUCCAGCCGGGUCUAUGGGUGUUAUCUCCAUGCUCACCAUUGCCAUAUGGCUCCCUAUCUACGAUAGGCUCCUUGUCCCCCUUAUUCGAAAAUACACAAAAAAGGAGAGUGGGAUUACUCUCCUCCAACGUAUAGGAAUCGGUAUCAUUUUCUCUAUCUUGUCAAUGGUUGUCGCCGCAAUGGUUGAAAAAAUGAGGCGUGAUUCUGCCAAUCACCACAAACGGCCCGAUGGGCUUGCACCCAUAUCGGUUAUGUGGCUUGCUCCCCAACUCAUCUUGAUGGCGUUUGCCGAGGCAUUCAAUAUUUUAGGACAACUGGAAUUUUACUACAAAGAGUUCCCGGAUAACAUGAAAAGUGUGGCGAACGCGAUGUUUGGUGUGACGGCUGGUUUAGCAAAUUAUAUGAGUAGUAUAUUGGUUAGUAUAAUUCAUAAUUCCACCGGAAAACAUGGAAGACCCGACUGGUUAACCGCAAAUAUCAAUGAAGCAAGAGUUGAUAAGUUUUAUUACGUGCUGGCUGGAUUUGGGGUUUUGAAUAUGAUCUAUUAUCUCUUUGUUGCCUCUAGAUAUGAAUACAAGAAAGGCAUCCAAGUGCAGAUCAUUCAAGAUGAAGAAUCCAAGUUGUUUGUCGAGGUAAACGACAUCAAGAAAUGAGUGAUCAGUUUGUUUAUUUAGGUAUAUAAUAGUACCCGUAGUAGUAAGUAUAUAUAUCUAGUGUACUGCUAGCUUUUAAUAAAACAUCGACUAUAGCUAGUUUUCUAAUGAAUUUUGGUAAUACAAUUACUUUGAUUGUUCUA